AUGUCCAAGUCCAAAGUUUUUCCGAUUAGUCUUUUACUCGUAAUUUUUGUAAUCGUGGUUCAGACUUGCGUUGUACCUGUUAAUGUAAAGUGUGGUGGUGGCGGUGGUGGUUGUGGUGGUGGCGGGGGUUGUGGUUGCGGUAAUGGUGGUUGUUGCUGCUGUUGUGGAAGUUGUGGGGGUGGAUGCGGUGGAUGUGGUGGAUGCGGUGGAUGCGGUGGAUGCGGUGGAUGCGGUGGUUGCGGAGGGCAUACGUUAUGCGGUAGCAUUAAAGGUUGCAUUUGUUAA